CCAAUUUUCAGUUCCAACUAUUAGCAGAAUUUAGAAUUUAGAGUAUGUCAACUCUUUACCCCUCCAUAUUACAUGGAAAGAUUAAAGGAUAUCUGGUAUGGGGUGAUCCCUACAGGGUUGAACCGUUUUUGAACAAGAAUGCUCAACUUCCAGUGGCCAGUCCUGGCAUUAUCAAUGCAAAAGCCUUAAGUCUGCCUGUUUCAAAGCUAUAAGAACUGGUAGCUGUUCUUGCUCUACAUUUCCCAUUUUCCCUUGAAGUGUGCUAGUAGCAGUCAUGUAUACCUAACCUUAUUGAUACGGGUCUAAAUUCGGGCAGUUAGGCCCAAGCGCACAGAAAUUUCCGGUAAGUUGGCCCAAAGUCCAACACGUUAUCAUAUAUAUAUUUACACAUUUAUGGUUCAAACUUUACAGAGUAGUUGAGACAUGAAAGAAUAUAUAACCAAAACGAAAUGUUCUCAAAUCAACUUUGCAAAGGUAGUUAGGGUUUUGCACGCCAUCUUAGCUCACACAAUCUGUACCUGCCAUCAUUACAACUAAUAUAUAAUAUUUAUCUGUAAAUAUCCAAUUAAAAUACUAAUGUGUCAUGCAAGCACUGCACUUCACCUACCAAACCACAACAUGCCAAGUUCCAUAAAUAUAUAUACCAACAUAGCUUGUAGUAAAAGUGCCAAUUGUUUUGUUCUUGAAGAUAGAUAUAAUUAGUGAAUCUUCUCAAUUUGCUGAUAUAUGGAUGGUUUUGGAUGACAAUCAGUUGAAAGUACUUUUUUUUGUAUGGAUUAUCUCUGUUUUUGUCUUUUCUACUUCUCUUUUGUUUGUUGGUCCAUUCUUGUUUUGUUUCUCCUUCUUUGUUCAGUCAGAAGAGCUACUCUCAUAACCCUAGGAACCAAGAAGAGGAAGAGCUUGUAUUGCAUGCCAGAAAACAUGAAUUUCUCCAACAAUCUGGCGAAGAAUACACUAAGAUCCCUUGUGGGUUUGAAGGGAUGGAAUUAUUGUGUGAUUUGGAAACUGAGUGAAGAUCAAAGGUUCAUUGAGUGGAUGGAUUGCUGUUGUGCUGGAAGUGAUCAAAGCAUUGAAGAUGGAGAAGCUGAUCGUCAUUUUCCACUGCUCUCUCCUAUCCUUCCUUGCAGGGAUGUCUUGUUUCAACACUCAAGAACUAAAUCUUGUGAACUUCUUGCUCAUUUGCCUUCAUCCAUGGCAUUAGAUUCCGGGAUCCAUGCACAAAGUUUGAUAUCAAAUCAACCCAAGUGGUUAAACUUCUCUGCUAGCUCAGAUUCAAAUCUUCUGGAAGAAACAAUUGGGACUAGAGUUUUGAUUCCAAUUCAUGGGGGACUAAUUGAGCUCUUUGUCACCGAACAAGUGCCUGAAGAUCAACAUGUGAUAGAUUUCAUCACAACACAGUGCAACCACAUGUCAUUGGAGGAUCAACAAGAAGCAAUAUUGAACAAUUCAAGCAACAACAUGGACACAUGCUUCUCAACAACUAACAAUGCUAAUAAUAAUCAUCCAAUGAUCAUGAACAAUGAUCAGCUUCAAUCAUCAAGUAAUGGUGAUCUCCCAUACGACAUCACGGUGGAUCGAAUUAGGCUUUGCAGUCCUCCCAUGAACUUCCUGCACCAAUUCAAUUACUCCCCAGAAAGCAAGACUAACAACAAUGGUGAUCAUAUCUUCUUUGAAGGAUCUCAUGAUCAAAUGCAGUAUGUGGAUGCUACAAAGGAAGGGAUUGACAAUGAUUCAUCCAUCAAGGACGAGACAACGACUAGGCAGCAGCGAUCCGAUUCUGUCUCGGAUAGUUAUUGUAGUGAUCAAAAUGAUGAUGAAGAUGACAAUUCCAAGUUUAGGAGGAGCGGGAAGGGACCGCAAUCCAAGAAUCUUUUGGCAGAGAGGAGGAGGAGGAAGAAGCUCAAUGACAGGCUCUACACUCUUAGAUCUUUGGUUCCUAGAAUUUCCAAGCUGGACAGGGCUUCAAUUCUUGGGGAUGCAAUUGAAUUUGUGAAGGAGCUAAAAAGGCAAGCAAAAGAACUACAAGAUGAGCUUGAAGAUCAUGAUCAUUCAGAUGAUGAUGAUGACCACAACAGUGUCAUGCCAGACAUUUUGAGCCAAAAUGGAGGACCUUCAGUUGGGACUAGUAUCAAAUCUGGACAUGAUCAUCAUCAUCACAAAUCUCCAAAUGGGUUUUAUGGGACUGCUAGCAUCUCCAAACAGAACAAUAAUCAAGACUCUGAAAGUACUGCUGACAAGGCUCAACAAAUGGAGGUACAAGUGGAGGUGUCGCAAAUAGAUGGGAAUGAGUUCUUUGUGAAGGUCUUUUGUGAGCAUAAAAUAGGAGGCUUUGUCAAGUUAAUGGAGGCAUUGCUUUCUUUGGGCCUGGAAGUGACAAAUGCUAAUGUGGCCAGCUUCAGAGGCCUUGUCUCUAAUGUGUUCCAUGUUGAGAAAAAGGACAGUGAGAUGGUUCAAGCUGAUAAUUUGAGAGAGUCAUUGAUGGAGUUGACUAGAAACCCAUCAAGAGGAUUGUGGCAGACUGAGAUCAUGACAGCAAAAGAAGUAGCAGAAAGCAGUAAUGUGGACUAUCACCACCACCAUUACCAGCAGCAGCACUACUAGCACAUCCUUAGUUAAUUAAGUAUGGCAAGAUAGUAAUCUUUGCUUUAGAGUUUCUGUUAUAUAUGUAAUGACUUAAAUUACUACUUUUAAUCAUGUAGGAUGUUAAAGGUUUAAAAUAUUGCAC